AUGCUGCGAGCAAAGGUCUUCGGUGCCUCGAAGCUCGGUCCUCAUCUUCCCACGCUUUGUGCUAGCGUCGUUUACGUUACCGGUGUCAAGCACACGGAUCGCAACAUUCCCGGUGGGAGAGGUCAAAGCAUCUCGGGUGUGGCGUCGACCAGCACGGUCCCCGUGGGAAAAUUGCCGCGCUGUUCGCUGCCUUCUCGCGCCGACUUCAUAUCGGCCUUUGCCAGCGAUACUCAUAGCUGCUUGGCCGACGUCAACGGCACAUUCUGCGGCGGAUUCGACCGUGCUUGGGACUCAGCAUGGUCCCGUGGUCCCCAAGCAGUCAGGACCAGAAACGCGGACAGUGGCAUGGGCCGCAGGGACGAACAUAGCCGCGGCUCCAAAGGCAUAUUUCGGCCGGAACAGGAUCACUCGCUGUGCUGCUGUGCUGCUUUGGACUCAGAAGCCUCCUACCGCCGCAAAGCACACCUCAGCAUCGCAAUCCGACGAGUGGCAAUGGUCGAGUCGGUUGAUGCGAUCGGCAAUGCAGCACCGCUGCAUCGAGCGAUACGCCUCGUGCUGCUGGGUAACCAGUCAAACGAGCAAUUCCAGCUCUUGCACCGACGCGAAACGCUACACUUGACCCGUGCAUUCCUGUCGCGUUUUGAGAAUUUUGUCGGAUGCGAUGAUGUGGCUAUCCGCAAUCCAGAGCAACUCUUUCCGCAGCGGCAACCGAGACCUUCCGGACCAACCUCCAUCAACGUGCCGUAUCCUAACUCCAACUUCAUCAACGGACAUCAAAGCACGAUGGCGAUCGAACAGCAAAUCGACGGCCUGUUGCGCCAUGUUGGACUCCGCGUCGACCACGGUCUGACGCCUCUUUCGGCCGCGCUCGUCGUUCUGGCGGGUGUCGGUGCCUUGACAGCCGCGACGUUCGUGCUGCGACUCACCCAGCUUUUCGCCGAUGUCUACGUGCUGCCUGGACAGUCGGUGUCCAAGUUCGGUGCGAACAAGAAGGACUUUUCCAAGGCGACGUGGGCGGUGGUGACGGGUGCUACGGAUGGCAUUGGGCGCGAGUUUGCGCUGCAGCUCGCCAAGAAGGGCUUCAACAUCCUGCUCGUCUCGCGCAGCCCGGAGAAGCUGGGUGCUGUUGCUGCCGAGAUCGAAGCGGCUACGCCGGGCGUUCGAACCAAGACGCAGGCGAUCGACUUUGCGCUCGGCGAUGAGCGUCAGUACGAAGGCCUCCAACAUACCGUCAAGGACCUCAACAUCGGUGCGCUGAUCAACAACGUGGGCAAGUCGCACAACAUGCCGGUCAACUUUGCCGAAACUGCAGAGGACGAGAUGGAGGACAUUAUCGAGAUCAAUGUCGUCUCGAUCUUGCGCGUGUCGCGUAUGAUCAUCCCCGGCAUGGUCGCACGCAAGCGUGGUCUGGUGUUGAACCUCGGCUCGUUUGCUGGUCAGGUCACCACUCCCAUGCUGGCGACGUAUGCUGGAUCCAAGGCUUUCCUCAGCGCUUGGUCCCAGGCUUUGGGCGAGGAAUUGCGCAGGAGCAACAUCACCGUCAGCCUGCUCAACACGUACUUUGUGGUGUCCAACAUGUCCAAGGUGCGCAAGGCGAGCGCCAUGAUCCCCACUCCCAAGCAGUACGUUGCGCAGGCACUCAAGUCGAUCGGUCGCAACGGCGGUGCGGUCGGAAGACCCUACACUUCGACGCCUUGGCCUAUGCACGCUAUUGUGGACUGGGCUACCUCCACCAUCCUCCCGCGCGGCUGGCUGCUCAACUACACGUAUGGCCAGCAAGUCGCCAUCCGCAAGCGCGCCAUUCGAAAGGCCGAGAAGCUCGCAAAGUCGACCUAG